AUGGAGCACGCAAAAGAGGUCCUGGAGAAAGACCUCCAUCUCAACCACCCCGGCCACGUGCACGGCGGCACGACGACGGAGGUUGUUGAAGAGCAGAGGGAGGUUUCGGAAUCGAGUUUCAAAGAGGAUUAUGUCCCUUCCACUGGACGACCUUCCCUCGACGAGAAAGACCGCCAUGGCGUCAACGUCGCCAAUGCCCAGAAGGAGUUCGCGGAAUUGCAGAGGGAACUCAGCAACAUCUCGCGAAAGCUGAGUCGCAGCAAGAGCGGAGAGAAGGGCCGCGUGCAAGACCUCGUGCAGGAUCUGGAGAAAGCGACGACAUCGCCCACGAGCAGCGAAGAUGAGGAGCCUUUCGACUUGCAAGAGUACCUGCGCGAUUCCAAGAGCUUGGAGGAGGAGUCGGGGAUCAAGAGCAAGCGGAUCGGGGUCAUUUGGGAUAAGUUGACGGUGAAGGGCAUGGGCGGCGCGAAGAUCUUUGUCAGUGUCUUUCCGGAUGCGUUUGUGGAUUUCUUUGGAUUCCCGGUCAAAAUGCUCCUGGGCCUGGUGGGGCUCGGAGGAAAGAAGGGGAAGGAAGUGAGCAUUUUGCAGGACUUCAAGGGGGUUGUUAAGCCGGGCGAGAUGGUGCUCGUGCUGGGCAGACCUGGGAGUGGAUGCACGACAUUCUUGAAGGUCAUUUCGAAUCAGAGGUUUGGGUACACGAAUAUUGAGGGCGAGGUGCUGUAUGGACCUUUCACGAGCAAGGAGUUUGAGAAACAGUAUCGCGGCGAGGCGGUGUACUGCGAGGAAGACGAUGUGCACCAUCCAACGCUUACGGUUGGGCAGACGCUGGGGUUUGCGCUGGAGACGAAGACGCCUGGAAAGAGACCUGGUGGAAUGAGCACUGCUCAGUUCCGGGAGAAGGUUGUGGAUAUGUUGCUGCGGAUGUUCAAUAUCGAGCACACGAGAAAUACGAUUGUCGGCAACCCCUUCGUGAGAGGGAUUUCUGGAGGCGAGCGGAAGCGUGUUUCGAUCGCAGAGACCAUGGUGACAGGAGGUGCAGUCUUUUCGUACGAUAAUUCGACAAGAGGGCUUGAUGCAUCGACGGCUCUGGACUAUGCGAAGUCGCUUCGUGUGAUUACCAACAUCUACAAGACGACGACGUUCGUGUCGCUAUACCAGGCCUCGGAGAACAUCUACUCCCAGUUCGACAAGGUCAUGAUCAUCGAUGAGGGACGGCAGGUGUUCUUUGGUCCAACGCAAGAGGCACGAGCAUAUUUCGAGGGUCUUGGGUUCCUCGAGAAGCCCAGACAGACCACCCCUGACUACCUUACUGGCUGCACGGAUCCGUUUGAGAGAGAGUACAAGGAAGGCCGCGAUGAGUCGAAUGUCCCCUCUACACCUGAUGAUCUGGUUGCGGCUUUCGAGAAGUCCACAUACGCUACUAAGCUCGCGGAAGAAAUGUCUCAAUACCGGAAGGUUGUGGAGGAGGAGCAGCAUGUCUAUGAAGACUUCAAGAUCGCCGUUCAACAAGGAAAGCGCCAUGCGCCGAAGAAAUCCGUCUACAGCAUCCCCUUCUACCUGCAAACUUGGGCUUUGAUGAAGCGCCAAUUCAUCCUGAAGUGGCAGGAUCGUUUCUCGCUCGUCGUCUCCUGGAUCACCUCCAUCGUCAUCGCCAUUGUCGUCGGUACCGUCUGGCUUCAGCAACCCAAGACCAGCGGCGGAGCUUUCACCAGAGGUGGUGUGCUCUUCAUCGCUCUACUCUUCAACUGUUUCCAGGCUUUUGGUGAACUGGCGAGUACCAUGUUGGGACGGCCAAUCGUCAACAAACACCGCGCGUACACCUUCCACCGUCCGUCGGCGCUAUGGACUGCGCAGAUCGUGGUCGACUUGGCAUUCGCAGCCGUGCAGAUUCUAGUCUUCUCGAUCAUGGUCUACUUCAUGUGCGGACUGGUCUACGACGCGGGCGCCUUCUUCACAUUCUACCUGGUCAUCAUCACAUGGUACCUCGCCAUGACGCUCUUCUUCCGAACCGUGGGAUGUCUGUGCCCGGACUUUGACAGCGCCAUCAAAUUUGCUGCUACAAUCAUCACGCUUUUCGUGCUGACGUCCGGAUAUCUGAUCCAGUACCAAUCGCAGCAGGUCUGGCUGAGGUGGAUCUUCUACAUCAACGCUUUGGGCCUUGGCUUCUCGGCGAUGAUGGAGAAUGAAUUCAGUCGAUUGAACCUGGAGUGCGAUGGCACGUAUCUGAUUCCCUAUGGACCUGGCUAUGGCAAUAUCUCGCAUCAGACGUGUACGCUCGCGGGAAGUACGGGUGGAAGUGCCUCGGUGACUGGUACCAGCUAUAUCGAGACUGCUUUCAGCUACUACCCCAGCGAUCUCUGGCGCAACUGGGGCAUUAUCGUAGUGUUGGUUACUGUCUUCCUGGCUACGAAUGUGUUCCUGGGCGAGUACAUCAAGUGGGGUGCUGGUGGCAAGACCAUCACUUUCUAUGCGAAGGAGACCAAGGAAACCAAGGAGUUGAAUGAAGCUCUGCAGGCGAAGAAGAAAUCCCGCACACGGAAAGACAACUCGAGCGGCGGUGGAGCUGACCUGAGCAUCGAGUCCAAGGCUGUCCUUACUUGGGAAGAUAUCUGCUACGAUGUGCCCGUAGCGUCUGGACAGUUGCGAUUGCUGAAAAAUGUGUUUGGAUACGUCAAGCCCGGUCAGUUGACUGCAUUGAUGGGUGCCUCGGGUGCUGGAAAGACCACGCUUCUGGAUGUGCUGGCUUCUCGAAAGAAUAUCGGCGUUAUCACUGGAGACAAGCUCAUUGAUGGGAAGCCUCCUGGUACGGCUUUCCAGCGAGGGACAAGUUAUGCCGAGCAGCUCGAUGUCCACGAGGGUACUCAGACUGUGCGUGAGGCACUACGCUUUUCUGCGGAUCUGAGACAGCCGUAUGAGACGCCUCAAUCGGAAAAGUAUGCCUAUGUCGAGGAGAUCAUUGCAUUGCUUGAGAUGGAGGACAUCGCCGAUGCGAUCAUUGGCAGUCCUGAGGCAGGUCUUGCUGUCGAGCAACGAAAGCGAGUCACAAUUGGUGUGGAAUUGGCUGCUAAACCUGAGUUACUGCUAUUCUUGGACGAGCCGACUUCUGGACUGGACUCUCAGAGUGCCUUCAAUAUCGUUCGCUUCCUUCGCAAGCUCGCCGGUGCCGGACAGGCCAUUCUCUGCACGAUCCACCAGCCAAACGCAUCGCUCUUCGAAAACUUCGAUCGUCUGCUCCUGCUUCAACGAGGUGGAGAGACGGUCUACUUUGGAGACAUUGGCAAAGACGCACAUGUCUUGAUCGACUAUUUCCACAAGUAUGAAGCUGACUGCCCGCCAAACGCCAACCCUGCCGAAUGGAUGCUGGACGCCAUUGGAGCUGGUCAAGCACCACGGAUCGGCGACAAGGACUGGGGUGAGAUCUGGCGAGAGUCUGAUGAGCUGGCUCAGACUAAAUCAGAGAUCAUCCGCUUGAAGGAGGAGCGUAUCCGUGAAGUCGGCUCGCAACCUCCCGCCGACCAGAAAGAGUUCGCCACGCCGCUGUGGCACCAGAUCAAGAUGGUCCAGUCUCGGACGCACAAGUCGUUCUGGAGAUCACCCAACUACGGCUUCACGCGACUCUUCAACCACGUCAUCAUCGCCCUGCUUACCGGUCUCAUGUUCUUGCAGCUCGACGACUCCCGCACCUCGCUGCAGUACCGCGUCUUCAUCAUCUUCCAGGUCACCGUCUUACCCGCUCUGAUUCUGGCCCAAGUCGAACCGAAGUACGAUCUCAGUCGAUUGAUCUACUACCGCGAAGCUGCGUCGAAGACGUACCGGCAAUUCCCCUUCGCAGCAUCGAUGGUGCUGGCUGAGAUGCCGUACAGCAUUCUCUGUGCAGUGGGCUUCUUCCUGCCGCUGUACUACAUUCCGGGCUUCAACUCCUCAUCUGAUCGCGCGGGUUUCAACUUCUUCACGGUGUUGGUUACCGAGCUGUUUUCGGUCACGCUGGGACAGAUGGUCUCGGCUCUGACGCCCAGCACGUUCAUCGCCGUGCUGCUGAACCCCUUCAUCAUCAUCGUCUUUGCGCUAUUUUGCGGUGUCACGAUCCCCAAGCCCCAGAUUCCUGGAUUCUGGCGCGCGUGGUUGUAUGAGCUCGAUCCCUUCACCCGCCUCAUCUCCGCCCUCGUCUCCAACGAACUCCACGGCCAAGCCGUCGUCUGCACCGAUGCUGAACUCAACCGCUUCACCGCACCUCCUAGUACCACCUGCGGCGACUACAUGGCACCCUUCUUCGCGGCGGGUGGUCCCGGCUACAUCACCAACAACGCGACCUCGGACUGUUCCUACUGCGCGUACAGCGUCGGCGACCAGUUCUACGAGCCUCUGGGGAUCUCGUUUGAUCACCGCUGGAGGGACUUUGGGAUUCUGUGUGCGUUUGUGGGGAGUAAUCUGAUUUUGCUGUUUUUGGGGAGUCGGUAUUUGAAUUUUAAUAGGAGGUAG